CCCGUUGAUGAAUUGAAAAAAGAAGUAGGCAUUCCUAAUCUGGUUUCUACACAUCCAAGAUCUGGAGUUUAGCCUUGCUCCAAGCAAAGCCAUAGCCUCCAAAAACAAAUGGUGCAUAUGAAUCAAGGGCAAGGGGAGACAAGCUAUGCUCGUAACUCCAGGAUUCAGAAUGCUCAACAAAACAGGAUGAAGCCCCUGAUAGAAGGGUCCAUCUUUGAGUUAUGCAGCAACAACACCUUGUUCCCUGGAAAGAUACUGAUCGCAGACUUGGGCUGCUCCUCUGGCCCAAAUGCGCUUGCACUGGUAUCGAUUGCCGUCGAGGCCAUCCACAGCUAUUGCCUUCAGUUUGAGCAGACACUACCGGAAGUGUGCGUGCUACUCAAUGACCUGCCUGACAACGAUUUCAACACAGUGGUGAAGAGCCUGGUCACACUCCGUCAAAGCAAGAAGCCCAAUGUUUUGACUGGUGUCACGCCGGGGUCAUUUUACGAGAGGCUCUUCACUAGUGGCUCAAUGCAUCUUAUCUGCUCAUCCAACAGCCUGCAUUGGCUCUCAAAGGCUCCUGAACAUCUCACAAGGAACCAGAUCCCGGCGUAUGACAUGGAUGAGCAUGCUAGGUGUGAAAGCCUCCCUAUUGUCCUCGAGGCUUAUGCACAACAGUUUAGGGAAGAUUUCACACUUUUCCUGAAGCUAAGAGCCAAGGAAUUGGUUCCAGGAGGCCGAAUGGUUGUUUCCCUUGUAGGGAGGCAUUCUGAUGUGACCGCCUCCAAAUUCUCUCACCUCUGGGAAACUGUAGCUCAGAUUCUAAGUGUCAUGGCCUCAGAGGGUGUGAUAGACAAAGCCAAGUAUGAUUCUUUCUACGUGCCGAUGUAUGGAGCAUCCAGUGAAGAGUUGAUGGAGAUCAUCCAAGAAGAAGGCUCCUUCUCAAUCACGGACAUGCGGGUAUAUGACCCCGCAACUGAUAUGAACAAUGCACUCUUUACAUCAAGUUGGUUCAUAAAUCAUCUGAGAGCCAUAUUUGAGCCUAUAAUAGUCGAGCAUUUCGGAGACGUCAUGAAUGAAUUUGUGAGAACUGCGGAGCAGCGCUGGACCCUCGAGGGCAGCGUGCAAGACGAGCGUGCCAAAUACCCGCGAGCUAUGCAGGUCGUAUCGCUUGCGAAGGCAUGAUGAUCAGGUACACCCCAUUUGAUGCGACUGUCUUAUUGCUUUCUUUGAGGCUACAACGCGUGCCCACUUGAUAACUUGAACUACAUCCAAUGACGCGACGCGACUGUACAAUUUCUUUCUUGGGGGCAACAAUGUCUGCCCACUUCGUUAUGUAAACUGCAUGCUGUCAUGUGCCAGCUAUUUCAUUAUGAAUCUCUGUGUUUAGUGUGAUAUGUACUCCCAGCGUUCACAAAUAAUGGAUGUUUUGGAUAUAUUUAA